GACUUCCGUGGGUCACGUGACUUUAGCGCGCGCUGCGGCUCCGCCGGGACUAGUUCUUCGCGAGCAGGCCGUUGCCAAGGACACGGCGCAGGUCCCGCCGCGCAUUGCCUGCUCCGCGGUUCCCCUCCCCUCUUCUCCCACCAAGAUGAGGCCCUAAGAUGGCGCUGGCUGCGGCGGUUGGCGCCGAGCAGCCUAAGUAGGGAGGGCGGCCAUUGGGCUCAUAGCCGUCAGCAAGGAAGUUGUAGACCUCCCUGCUGCGCUGUCUGAGGAAGAACUGCCGCCGGUGGCGGGUUCUGGUUGCCUGCCCACCACCGUUGUGGUCUCAGCGGAGGAGCUGCUUCGUUUACAGCAGACAACAGUUUUGAAGCGUGGAGAGAAAAGACGCUGUUUCUGAGCUGCAAAAACUAGCUCCUGAAGAGGUAAUUUGACAUGGCUAUAUAUUAGUUUCCUUUGCAUUAUACUUGAAGAACUGUAAUAUUUUAUCAUGGACAGAACUACCCCAAAAAAGUUAUUUGUGAAAGCCAGUAUGGCCACAGGAGGAGGUCCUUUUGAAGAAAGUAUGAAUGAUCCGGAUUUACCCAACUGGAACAGUGAGUGUGUUGACGAUCGACUUAAUAACAGGGAUUGGGGUGGCCAACAGAAGAAGGCAAAUAGAUCAUCAGAAAAGAAUAAGAAAAAGUUUGGUGUAGAAAGUGAUAAAAGGGUAACUAAUGAUAUUUCUCCGGAGUCAUCACCAGGAGUUGGAAGGCAAAGAACAAAGACUCCACAUACGUUUCCACAUAGUAGAUAUAUGACUCAGAUGUCUGUCCCAGAGCAGGCAGAAUUAGAGAAACUUAAACAGCGGAUAAACUUCAGUGAUUUAGAUCAGAGAAGCAUUGGAAGUGAUUCUCAAGGUAGAGCAACAGCUGCUAACAACAAACGUCAGCUUAGUGAAAACCGCAAGCCCUUCAACUUUUUACCUAUGCAGAUUAAUACUAACAAGAGCAAAGAUGCUGCUACAAGUCUCCAAAAAAGAGAAAUGGUUGGAUCAACGCAAUGUAAAAAGUUGUUUGCAUCUGCUUUAAGUAAUGACCUUUUACAAAAUUGUCAUGUAUCAGAAGAAGAUGGGAGAGGAGAGCCUGCAAUGGAAAGCAGUCAGAUUGUAAGUAGGCUUGUUCAAAUUCGUGACUAUAUUACUAAAGCUAGUUCUAUGCGAGAAGACCUUGUGGAAAAAAAUGAAAGAUCUACUAAUGUUGAGCGCCUUACUCACCUAAUAGAUCACCUUAAAGAACAAGAAAAGUCAUACAUGAAAUUUCUCCAAAAAAUCCUUGCUAGAGAAAAUGAGGAGGAGGAUGUUCGGACUAUAGAUUCAGCUGUGGGAUCUGGUUCUGUAGCUGAGAGCACAUUGCUAAACAUAGAUGUGCAGUCUGAGGCUUCAGAUACCACGGCUAGAGAUCCUCAACAGGAGCCUAUUGAAGAGAUAGAAAAUUUGAAGAAACAACAUGAUUUAUUAAAAAGAAUGUUACAACAACAGGAACAACUUCGAGCUCUGCAAGGGCGACAAGCUGCUCUUCUAGCUUUGCAGCAUAAAGCUGAGCAAGCUAUAGCCGUGAUGGGUGAUUCCGAAAAAGUUGCAGGGACAUCUGCUGGCCAUCAUACUGUAUCGUGCAGACAGACAGCUCGCUCUCUUCAGAGAGUACCUUUAAGAGUUGCUACAGAAACUUCAGGUAGCUUAUCUGGCGUCAGCAUCACAUCUGAACUAAAUGAAGAAUUGAAUGACUUAAUUCAGCAUUUUCAGAAUCAGCUUCGUGAUUCUCAGAUCCAGACUGUAACUAUGUACAGUGAAUCCAAGCCUCCAUCUGUCCCAGAUAAUAGAAGACAAGCAGAAAGUCUUUCAUUAACUAGAGAGGUUUCCCAGAGAAUAAAUCCAUCUUGUUUAGAACAUUCACCUGAUGACAAAGUUCAGCUUUUUAGCAAAAUGAGAGUCCUACAGGAAAAGAAGCAAAAGAUGGACAAAUUGCUGGGAGAACUUCAUACCCUUCGAGAUCAGCAUCUGAACAAUUCAACAUUUGUGCCUUCUUCAACCUCUCCACAAAGGUCUGGGGAUCAGAGAAGUACAAAUUCCGCACCUUCUGCUUCUGUAGGCUUGGCACCAGUUGUCAAUGGAGAAUCCAGUAGCCUUAUACCAUCUGUUUCUUAUCCUGCAGCUUCUCUAGUUUCUCAGAAUGAAAGUGAAAAUGAAGGCCAUCUAAAUCCAACUGAAAAACUUCAGAAGUUAAAUGAAGUUCGUAAGAGAUUGAAUGAACUAAGAGAAUUAGUUCAUUAUUAUGAACAAACAUCAGAUAUGAUGAUAAAUACUGUAAAUGAAAACACAAAAGAUGAAGAAACUGAAGAGUCAGAAUAUGAUUCUGAGCAUGAAAAUUCUGAACCUGUCACAAACAUUAGAAAUCCACAAGUAUCUGCCACCUGGAAUGAAGUAAAUAGUAAUAGUAACACACAGUGUGUUUCUAAUAAUAGAGAUGGAAGAUCACUUAAUUCAAAUUGUGAAAUUAAUAACAGAUCUGCUGCCAACAUCAGGUGUUUAAAUAUGCCUCCUCCUUUAGCAGACUGUCGAUACAAUAGAGAAGGAGAAAAGGGGAUGCGUGCAGCACAAGGUGAAGAUGAUGAGGAAGAGGAGGAAGAAGAGGGAGUAAGUGGAGCUUCACUGUCAAGUCAUAGAAGCAGUCUGGUUGAUGAGGAUCCAGAAGAUGCAGAAUUUGAACAGAAAAUCAGUAGACUUAUGGCUGCAAAACAGAAACUUCGACAGCUACAAGACCUUGUAGCUAUGGUGCAGGAUGAUGAUGCAGCUCAUGGACUUAUCUCUGCCAAUACAUCAAAUUUGGGUGAUUUCUACCCAGCAGAAGAAGAUACCAAACAAAAUUCAAAUAAUGCAAGAGGAAAUACUAGUAAAACACAGAAAGAUAUGGGAGUAAAUGAUAAGGCAAGAGAGAAAUUUUAUGAGGCAAAACUACAGCAGCAACAGAGAGAGCUAAAGCAGUUGCAGGAAGAAAGAAAGAAACUGAUGGAGAUUCAAGAGAAAAUUCAAGCUUUGCAAAAGGCAUGUCCUGAUUUACAGCUUUCAGCUGCUAGUAAUUUUCCCACAAAAAAAUACCUACCUGCUGUUACUUCAACCCCAACUGUUAAUGAAAAUGAGGCUGGUACGAGCAAAUCUGUUUUUGAGCCUGUAGAUUCUUCAGUAGUAGAUAAUGAGCUUUGGUCAGAUAUGCGAAGACAUGAAAUGCUAAGGGAAGAGCUGAAACAGAGAAGAAAGCAGCUGGAAGCUCUGAUGACUGAACAUCAGAGGAGACAAGGCCUAGCUGAAACUACAUCCCCAGUGGCUGUGUCCUUGAGAAGUGAUGAGUCCGAGAACUUGUGUACUCCUCAACAAAGUAGAACAGAAAAAACAAUGGCAACCUGGGGAGGUUCUACUCAGUGUGCGUUAGAUGAAGGAGAUGAAGAUGGUUACCUUUCUGAAAGAAUUGUUCGAACAGAUGAAGAGGAAGAAGAAGAGCAAGAUGCUAGUUCCAAUGAUAAUUUUCCUGUGUAUCCUAAUGGUGUGAAUCAUAGCUCUUACAAUGUAAAGGAAACUAAAAAUAGGUGGAAGAACAAUCGCCCUUUCUCAGCAGAUGGAAAUUAUCGUCCAUUAGCCAAGGCAAGACAACAGAAUAUUAGCAUGCAGCGUCAAGAAAACCUUAGAUGGGUAUCAGAACUAUCUUACAUAGAGGAGAAAGAACAAUGGCAAGAACAAAUUAAUCAGCUAAAGAAGCAACUUGAUUUCAGUGUCAAUAUUUGUCAGACUUUAAUGCAAGACCAGCAGACUCUGUCAUGUCUGCUACAAACUCUUCUCACUGGUCCAUAUAGUGUUAUGCCAAGCAAUGUUGCUUCUCCUCAAGUACACUUAAUAAUGCACCAGCUGAACCAGUGCUACACACAGCUAACAUGGCAACAGAAUAACGUUCAGAGAUUGAAACAAAUGCUAAAUGAACUUAUGCACCAGCAAAAUCAACAUCCAGAAAAACCUAGAAGCAAAGAGAGAGAUUGUAGUAGCACAUCACACCCCUCUUCUCCCAGUUUAUUUUGUCCUUUUAGCUUUCCAACACAGCCUAUAAAUCUGUUUAAUCUCCCUGGAUUUACUAACUUCUCAUCAUUUGCACCAGGCAUGAAUUUCAGCCCUUUAUUUCCUUCUAAUUUUGGAGAUUUUUCUCAGAAUAUUUCUACAUCUACUGAACAGCAGCCACCAUUAGCUCAAAAUCCUUCAGGGAAAACAGAGUAUAUGGCUUUUCCAAAACCAUUUGAAAGCAGUUCCUCUCUUGGAGCAGAAAAGCAAAGGAAUCAGAAAGAGCCUGAAGAAGAGGUAGAAAACGGCAAGACCCCAUGGUUAUAUGAUCAAGAAGGGGAAAUAGAAAAACCAUUUAUCGAGACAGGAUUUGCAGUGUCUGUAGAGAAAACUACAAAUAGUAACCACAAAAAUCAACUAAAUACAAGUAGGAGAAGACGCCAGUUUGAUGAAGAAUCAUUAGAAAGCUUUAGUAGUAUGCCUGAUCCAGUAGAUCCAACAACAGUGACUAAAACAUUUAAGACAAGAAAAGCAUCUGCACAGGCCAGCCUGGCUUCUAAAGACAAAACUCCCAAAUCAAAGAAUAAGAAGAGGAGUUCCACACAGCCGAAAAGCAGAGUUAAAAAUGUUGGAUAUGAAAGUGCCAGUGUGUCUAGCACAUGUGAACCUUGCAAAAGUCGGAGUAGACAUACAGUCCAGACUGAAGAGCCUGUUCAAGCAAAAGCAUUCAGCAGAAAGAAUCAUGAGCACCUGGAAAAAAUAAGAAAAUAUAGUAGGUCUACAGAAAUAACUUCAGCACAAGCUAGGAGAAUACUACAGUCUAACAGAAAUGCAUGCAAUGAAGCGCCACCAGAAACUGGGAGUGAUUUUUCCAUGUUUGAAGCAUUGCAGGAUACUAUUUAUUCUGAAGUAGCUACAUUAAUUUCUCAAAAUGAGUCUCGUCCACAUUUUCUUAUUGAACUCUUCCAUGAGCUUCAACUACUUAAUACAGACUACUUGAGACAGAGGGCUUUAUAUGCAUUGCAGGACAUAGUAUCCCGACAUAUUUCUGAAAGUGAUGAAAAAGAUGGAGAAAAUGUGAAAUCUGUAAACUCCGGUACUUGGAUAGCAUCAAACUCAGAACUUACUCCCAGUGAAAGCCUGGCUACUACUGAUGAUGAAACUUUUGAGAAGAACUUUGAAAGAGAAACACAUAAAAUAAGUGAGCAAAACAAUGCUGAUAAUGCUAGUGUCAUGUCUGUAUCUUCAAAUUUUGAACCUUUUGCAACAGAUGAUCUAGGUAACACUGUGAUUCACUUAGAUCAAGCAUUAGCCAGAAUGAGAGAAUAUGAACGUAUGAAGACUGAGGUUGACAGUAAUUCAAAUAUGAGAUGCACCUGCAGAGUUGUUGAGGAUGAAGAUGCUGCUGCCACCACCUCUGCAGAUAAUAAUUUAGAUGUAGAAACUCCCAUCGUUGAAAAUUGUAGUUCACAACCACCUAUAAGUGAGGUUUCUACUGUUAAAUGUCCUAGAAUUGAUACUCAGCAACUGGACCGGCAAAUUAAAGCAAUUAUGAAGGAAGUCAUUCCUUUUUUGAAGGAACACAUGGAUGAAGUAUGUUCUUCUCAGCUUCUCACUUCAGUAAGACGCAUGGUUUUAACCCUUACCCAGCAAAAUGAUGAGAGCAAAGAGUUUGUAAAGUUCUUUCAUAAACAACUUGGAAGUAUUUUACAGGAUUCACUGGCAAAAUUUGCAGGCAGAAAACUGAAAGACUGUGGAGAAGACCUUCUUGUGGAAAUAUCUGAAGUUUUGUUUAAUGAAUUAGCUUUCUUUAAGCUGAUGCAAGAUUUGGAUAAUAAUAGUGUAACUGUUAAACAGAGAUGUAAAAGGAAAAUAGAAGCAACUGGGGUGAUACAAUCUUAUGCCAAAGAGGCCAAAAGGAUUCUUGAAGGAGAUCAUGGCUCACCUGCUGGAGAGAUAGAUGAUGAAGAUAAAGACAAGGAUGAAACUGAAACAGUUAAGCAGACUCAGACAUCAGAGGUAUAUGAUGCCAAAGGUCCCAAAACUGUAAGAUCUGAUGUUUCUGAUCAAGAGGAAGAUGAAGAAAGUGAAGCAUGUCCAGUGUCUAUUAACUUAUCUAAAGCUGAAACUCAGGCUUUAACUAAUUAUGGAAGUGGAGAAGAUGAAAAUGAGGAUGAAGAAAUAGAAGAAUUUGAAGAGAGCCCUGUGGAUGUACAGACUUCUCUUCAGGCUAAUAUAGAAACUACAGAAGAGAAUGAGCACCAGAGUCUGAUUCCACAACAAGAACUGGAAAAAAGAGCAGAGAGCAAUAAUUUUCAACCAGACCAGGUGCCCCCUGGUAAAACUGAUCAAGUUAAUUCUCCUGUGAAACCUUGUUACCUUAAUAUCUUGGAAAAUGAGCAACCUUUAAAUAGUGCUGGCCAGAAGGACUCAGUUACUACUAUUGAUUCAUCUAAACAGCCUGACCUUUUGCCAGUACCUUUAACUGAAAUGGAAACUUUAGUGCCUAAAGUCAAAGAAGUUAAGUCUACCCAGGAAACUCCUGAGAGCUCUCUGGCUGGAAGUCCUGAUACUGAAUCUCCUGUGUUAGUCAAUGACUAUGAAGCGGAAUCUGGUAACAUUAGCCAAAAGUCUGAUGAAGAAGAUUUUGUGAAAGUUGAAGAUUUACCACUUAAACUGACCAUAUAUUCAGAGGCAGAUCUAAGGAAGAAAAUGGUAGAAGAAGAACAGAGAAACCAUUUAUAUUUAUCUGGUGAAAUAUGUGAAAUGCAGACUGAAGAAUUAGCUGGAAAUUCUCAGAAACUGAAAGAACCUGAAACAGUGGGAACCCAGAAUGUAUAAGAUGUCAGCAGAGACUCUUCUAACACUCUUUACAUACAGUGCUUACAUGAAAAAUGACGCUAAAUAAACAUCAGUUUGAUCUGUAUAAAAAUGUAAAUUAGUUUGACACUGUAUUUUUGAUAGGUGUGCUAAUUUCUGCUCAUGGCAGUUUAAGACAUCAGAAACUAAUCCUGGACCGAUUCAAGCACUGAUACACUGUGUUUGUUUGUUUGUUUGUUUUCUUUUGUGGUCUUGGUUUUUCUCAUUGUGAUGUUUGGUAACAUUAAAUUUAAAAUGUAGUUUUAAAUAAAGUUUGACAUAUCUUUAAAGUACCUUUUUUGGAAAUUAUGUUGAAUUCUAUACUGCAAAUUGCUAUCAUAAAUAUAUAUUGUUUUGGGCUGUCCAGAGAGAGCAAAAGUUAAGAAUUAGAGAAAUAUUUAUUCCAAAGUCAGUCAUUCAAAUAUUGCCAGUGUUGAUUCUAUUUAGUCAAAUGUUUUCCCUGCCCUGUUACAAGUUAUAAAGGUAACCAGGGAUACUUGUGAAGUUAUCAUUUAUAUGUUAAUCGAUUUAAAUUGCUUAUAAAUAUGUGCUUAGCACCUAAAGCUUACUUAAUUAUCCGUUAUGUGAAUAUUAUUCAGAAUUUUCAAUUCUAUCUGUUGCCUCAGUCUAAAAAUUUUUAGUUAGCUUUAUAUAGUUAACAAGUGCUAUUUGUCCAUAGAUAACAUUCUGAUUAGUAUUAAAGAAAAUCCUAACUCAUGUAGAGAUAAAUGGAACUGAAUUUAUGUUAACAAAAAAUUUUGUAUGCCUUUGGACAACUUUAAAACCAAAGCCAGGUAGCUAAUCCUGUCUAGUAGCUGAUUGUGUGUGUAAUGAGAGAAGCAAGGUCACAGAUUAUAUAGUAAGUAUUGAAUAAGAAAGUAUUGAUGUGUGUUUUUAUCCAUGCCUGCUUAUAGUUAUAGGCCCAUUUAGGCAUCAAAGUGCCAGUUAAUGAAGAAGUCAGUCUUAACAGUUCUUCCUUGAAUAAAACAAGAAUGUGUGAAGAAUUCUUAGCUUCUAGUACUGUUUUAAAUUUGUUAGAUUGUCUAAAAUACUUCUUACAAAAGAACUUACUUGGUGGUAUGAUAUUUCUUUAAAAUUCUUACUUGUUUGAGAUAUUAGUUGGAACUAUACAAGUCCAGUUACUAAAUAAUGAAUGAACAUUGUCCUGUGAGGACAAUAGUAAUAUUAUACCUAAAUUUUAAAAAUGUACAGCAUUACACAUCCCAAUACAGGAGUUGUUAUGUAGUUGGACUGACUUUAGGGACAUGGGGAUAAUAAUUUUUAUUGUAUCUAUAGGCAGCUUCUAGAUUUUCUAGAUUUUAGCAGAAAAGAGGACAUAAUUUUGGUACUCAAGCCAUAUUUACAUCAUCUGCCCCUCUUCCAUGCGUAUUAAAGAUACAAGGUUGGUCAAAGGCAGGAAGCUAAGGCAGAAAGGUUGUGAGUUUGAGGCCACCCUAGGCUACCUACCACCAUGGGGUAUAGAGUGAGACCUGUCUCCAAAAUAAAACAAGACAGACACAGUAUUAAGAGUUAUUCAAUAUGUUAUUGCAGUAGGUAAUACCUAUCCUUAUCAAAAUAGCUUAUUUGACUUGUGUUUAGCUUUUCUCUAACUCUGUUGUUUUUCUAUUUAGUAGAUACUUUCGUUUUAACAUACCCAGGAAUUAAGAGCAGAUAGCUUGUUUAAUAUGUUUUAGUAACUAUUGCUAAAAGGUAAGACAUUAAAUAUUCUUAUUUUAAAUUUUUAAGUUAAAAUUAUGGUUAUGAUAGAAGGAGUAAAGGUAAUAAUGAAUUAGUUACUACUACUAUGCAGAUUGAGGUAAUGCCUAAAAUAAUGACCUAGCCAGGCUGUGGAGGAACUUUGUAAUAUUUCCUCUGGGUAAAUGUUUUUUCAUUGUUAAUAAAUGUAUAUCCUACAUACAACCCUGAA